AGCAGGAACAGCUGAACAAAGAACCUUCUUUCAGCUCAACAUUUGACCUUUGCAGCAUAAGAAUGGAACGAGGAUUGAUUCUGAUGGUCGCUGCAUUCAUGGUUUUUGUGGGCCAAGGAAUGUGUCAAAUCGAACCAGAGGUGGAGAUCACUCGAGAAGGUUGUGGAGUCACUAAACUGUGUCUGGAGACACCAGACGACUGUGAUCCCGCAUCAUGCGGCAGUUGUCUGUUUACGUCUCUGGUCACCACUCCCGUUGAGGCUGCCGAUGGUCUCAACAUUUCCUUCGAACUCAGAGGACGCUCAACGGAUUACAUCGCAGUGGGACUUACCUUAGACAUAUUCAAAGGUAAAAGCACAGUUUUCAUUUGUAUCAAUGCGGUGAACGCUGUUGCUCCGUUUAACACCGACGUACAAGACAGAGAUAACUUAAAUGCUGAGUUCGAGACUUCGUUUUCGGAAAUGUCAGACAUCGAGGGGAAGAUAACUGACAACGUGAUCCGCUGUAGGUUCAACGUCAGCAAUUUCAUACCGCCCGGAGAAGACAGGAGCAGCCGUAACGAGUCCUACUUUGUCUUCUUGGGGACUGGUGUUUACAACGGAGAUAUAAAUCCUAUCGAAAUCGUCUUGAACGGCGGCCUUCUGAACAUAUCCGACCCGACCAGCAACGUUGCCCCCACAGCAGCACCCACAACAAUGUCCAGUACGACAUCAGGAGCCAGUAGUGUUCUCCGCCCUCACGCUUUGCUUCUCCUGCUGAGUGUCCUCACACUGUCCAUCAAGCAGAGAGCCUGA